AUGGGUGUGCCAGGACUAUGGGACAUACUCCGACCCGCGAGCAAGGUGAGAUCCCUCACCGAAGUCGCGGUUGUCGAAGGUUUCGAAUCCAAUGCCAACGGCAUGCGUGGUUUUCGCGUCGGAAUUGAUGCUAGCAUCUGGUUUUUUCACGCGAAUUAUGGCAAGGAGGGCGAGAAUCCCGAGCUCAGAACACUCUUCUUCCGGUGUGCCACUCUGCUGCGGUCGCCGUUUCUCCCAUUAUUCGUCUUCGAUGGGCCCAAACGCCCGGGAUUCAAGCGGGGCAAAAGAAUCAACACGUCGAGCCACAAGCUGACGACGGGUAUGAAGGCUAUUAUCGAGGCGUUUGGGUUUGAGUGGCGUACGGCACCUGGCGAAGCGGAAGCAGAGCUUGCGUAUCUGAAUCGCGUGGGCGUUAUUGACGCAAUUCUCUCUGACGACGUCGAUACGUUCCUCUUUGGUGCAACCAUGGUCAUCCGCAAUUCGAGCAACACGCUUUCAGGCAACAAAUCCAAUCCUGUUCUCAAUUCCGACGGUCGAGAUGACAAGAAUCACUCUGCUGUCUACCUCCUCAGCGAUAUCAAGUCACACCCAUCCAUCGGCAUUGACCGCGGUGGAUUCAUACUUAUUGGUCUUAUGCGAGGAGGGGACUACCAUCAGGCUGGUGUCUCGCGUUGCGGCCCUAUCAUCGCCCAUGGGCUGGCCAGAGCUGGGUUCGGUGAAUCGCUCUACCAGGCCGCACAGAAGCUCUCACAGCAAGACCUCAUCCACUUCCUCGACAACUGGCGCAACGAACUGCGACACGAACUACGCACUAACUCUCAGGGGUACCUCGGGAAGAAAUUCGUCGCACUUUCGAAGUCUAUUCCCAACGACUUUCCUAAUCUAGAGGUGCUGGACUCGUAUGUUAAUCCGAUCACGUCCGAGUCGAUGGGCCGGACGAUUGAGAUGAACAGGCCGAGGUGGGACAAGGAUCCGGACUUGGGCAAGCUGGCGGAGACUUGUGAGUUCUAUUUCGAGUGGGGAUAUAAAGAGGCUAUUGUGAAGAGGUUCAGGACUGUGAUAUGGCCAAGCGUUACGCUGCGGAUCCUAAGGCGGGCUGUCUUAGUCGCUGAAGAAGAGAAGACAAGGUCUUCUAGGUUUACUGCUGAUGUACCUUCAACGCCUAGGAAACAAAGGCCUGACACUUCCGUCAGCUCUCCUAUGGGCACGCCGUCGAAGAUGAUAACGAAACACUUCUCCUCGCUGAAGCUUGCGGAUGACGACGAUGCCUCGAAUCUGGUGGUAAAGAUCCAUUCCCAGCGACGGCACGCUUCUACCGACAAGAUCCUGGAAUAUCGUCUAGAGGUUGCACCCGCUCACCUAGUUCGUCUCACUGAAGCGGGCGUCAAGGGCAUACGGCGCCCGGAUGAUGCAGAUGAAUGGGCAUCGGAGGAUCCCGGCGACGAGGACGACGAGGACGACGAAGAGGGUGGCAAGAGGAAAGGGCCUAAGAAACUGCCUCCACCUCCCGAUUCACACAUCCGUGUAUGGAUGCCUGCUUCCAUCGUAUCUCUGGCUGAACCUGAAGUCGUCGAAGCCUACGAGGAAGCUGAGAGGAAGAAGGUCGAGAAGAAGGCGAAUAAAGGGAGGAAGACGACCAGCGCCUCGAAAGCGGCAUCGGGAACAAAGACCAAGGCGACUACCAAGGCUAAGUCUACUCCUGCCGCUUCACGCCGCAAGAAGGUGCCGGUGGCUGACGAGGAGGAAGAGGAAGAUGAUAUACACUUGCGAUUGGCGAAUCUGCGAGAAGAGGAAGAAGAAAGCAGUGACGAUGCCCUCCCUAUCCACGCUCCUCCGCUGAAACGCUCCAUCGCGCCUGCUACGGCUUCGAUGUCAACCUCUAGUGCCCAGCUAGAUUUGGGACUUAAAUCCUUCUUUACGACGCAAAAAUUGGGGACUAGUUCUCAAGACAAGGUCAAAGAGGCCCCAAUGAGGAAUAGCUCUACCUCUCAACGUUCUCCCGAUUCCUUGCCGACUAAGGUUGUGGAUUUGACUUCGCGUACCCGUCACGCCACCACGUCGAACCCUCGCCGUUCAGCUACUACAUCGUCAUCUCAAAGCCGAUCGCAGCCUACCAUGAUGUCUGCGAAAUCACUUUUCCUUUCUGACAGUGAGGACGAACCAGACGACUCCAACCAGCCCCCUCCGAAAUUUGAUAUUACUCCUUCAAAGGCGAAGGUUCCUCGGGCGACGUCCUCAGCUACCAGGACGCUCAAAUCCCCCCUUAUUUCUCCACCAAGUCCGAUGCCUACCCCAACCCCCUUUCCCUUGGACCAGAUACCCGGUUUCUCUAUACCCAGCAAGGCCCUGUCCUCCCAUACCCAUCCAGCGGCAUCGUCCUCUAGAAGGAAGAUUGUGACCAUCUCGGAUUCCGAUGAAUCAGAUCCGGGGCCCAACGUUCGCAAGUCUCCCCGAAAAUCAGUGAAACACACGUCCCCUCAUUCCAGAAGUAGAACCCCGAAACGCGCCUUAGACAAGGCAAGAGAGCGACCUAGCUCUCCCUCACCUAUGCUAUCGUCUCAAGUAUCAAAAACGUCCUCGACAGCUUCAGAGUCGUGGAGGACGGCCAUACCUUCGCUUCCGAAGUCCCAUCAUCGCGCUAUUGAGAUUCUGGAGAUAUCUAGCGAUGAUGAACCUCCCGUGGACCUGGAGAAAGUUCCUCCGUUGCUAGCAGCGAGGGCUCGGGCGCAGAAGGCCGCUCUGAAAGCCCAGAGUCGAGCGGCGAAGGAGAAGAAGGGCGCGACGAAGUCAAUCUCAUCAGAUAUUAUCGAUUUAACAUAA